UCUCUACACCCGCGGAGGCCUGGCAACCUGCUCACUGUGCCGAAGCUGCAGCAGCUGAUAGAGAGACGGUGACGGCGCUCCUGGCAGGCCCUUGGCAGCUACUCCCAGGGGAGACCAUGCCCAGCUUUUGAAGGCUUCGAGCAUCUUCGACAGCCCAGGGAGACAGAGCGAUGGGAAACAGUAUGCGAUCCACCCCAGCACCUCCCGAGAGGCCUGUGCCCAGCCCAGAUGGACUGGAUAGCGACUUCCUGGCUGUGCUGAGUGAUUAUCCAUCUCCUGACAUCAGCCCCCCCAUAUUCCGCCGAGGGGAGAAACUACGAGUGAUUUCUGACGAAGGGGGCUGGUGGAAAGCCAUUUCCCUUAGCACUGGUCGAGAGAGUUAUAUUCCUGGAAUAUGUGUGGCCAGAGUUUACCACGGCUGGCUGUUUGAAGGGCUGGGCAGGGACAAGGCAGAGGAGCUGCUCCAGCUGCCAGACACGAAGAUGGGCUCCUUCAUGAUCCGAGAGAGUGAGACGAAGAAAGGUUUUUAUUCUCUCUCGGUGAGACACAGGCAGGUGAAGCAUUACCGCAUCUUUCGCCUGCCGAACAACUGGUAUUACAUCUCCCCGAGGCUCACCUUCCAGUGCCUGGAGGACCUGGUGAAUCACUAUUCCGAGGUGGCUGAUGGCCUCUGCUGUGUGCUGACCACACCCUGCCUCACUCAGAGCACGGCCACCCCGGCCGUGAGGGCCCCUGACUCGCCUGUCACCUUGCGCCAGAAGAACUUCGACUGGAAGAGGGUGCCCAGACUGCAAGAGGACCCUGAGGGAGCCAGGAACCCACUUGGUGUAGAUGAGUCCCUUUUCAGCUAUGGCCUUCGAGAAAGCAUCGCUUCCUACCUGUCCCUGACCAGCGAUGACAACACCUCCUUCGAUCGCAAGAAGAAAAGCAUGUCCUUGAUAUACAGUGGGAGCAAGAGGAAGAGCUCCUUCUUCUCAUCGCCACCAUAUUUUGAAGACUAGCCUAGAACAGACACCAUUGUGUGUACCCAAGAUAACAGAGGUUGGGACUGUCACCUGGGAUCUGGCAGGGAGGCAUGGUUCCCUGGCCCCUAGGGAGCCGCACAUCUUCCAGAAGCCGAGAAAAGGCCCAUGAAGACUCAAACUCACCUCUCCUCUGUCCACAUCAUGACAAAGGGAACCCCUCCCUGGUGUCUGAUCAGUACUGAGACAUCACGAAAUGUUGAAUCACGAUGUGAUCGGGGAACAUUUCAGAAGAGCCCCAUGUAUGUGUGUGUGCUCGUUGUGUUUGUGGGAAAGAUAAAGACAUUAUCUCACAAGAAAGUGCACAGGACUGUUCAACGAACUGUCCAGAUGGUCACACUCUGAGCUCAUUGGAGAUAA